GCCGAGCGGAGGCUCGGCCCGGAGGAGGCCGGGGUCGCCGCCGGCGCCUCCGGACGCUGCGCCCCGGAUGGGGUUGGACCCCGCGGGGGCUGCGCGGCAACAGUUAUGGAGACCAAAGGAUACCACGCUUUCCCAGAAGGCCUAGAUAUGGAAAGACGGUGGGGUCAAGUUUCUCAGACUGUGGAGCAUUCUUCCCUGGGCUCGGGAGAGAGGACCGAUGAAAGUAACUAUAUGGAGAUUGUAAACGUAAGCUGUGUUUCCGGUGCUUUUCCAAACAACAGUACUCAAGGAAACAGCAAAGAAAAACAUGAACUACUCCCCUGCCUACAGCAAGACAGUAAUCCGCCUGGGAUUUUAACUUCUGAUAUCAAAACCGAGCUGGAAUCUAAAGAACUUUCGGCAACUGUAGCCGAGUCAAUGGGUUUAUAUAUGGAUUCCAUAAGAGACGCCGAUUAUGCCUACGACCAGCAUCAUCAGCAAGGAAGUAUAAGUCCGGCAAAGAUUUAUCAGAACGUUGAGCAGCUGGUCAAAUUUUAUAAAGAAAAUGGUCACCGUCCUUCGGCUUUGAACAGUUCGAACAGACCCCUGAGAUCAUUCCUGUCUGACUCUGGAAACUCUGUGAACGGCGGAGGUCUGCGCCCUAUGGUUAAAAGCCCUCUAACGUGUCCUGAGAAAAAUCCUGCGGUUUGCAGCCCUCAGAACAUGACGUCUUCAGUUUGCAGUCCUGCCGGAAUCAACUCCGUGUCCUCCACCACUGCUAGCUACGGCACUUUCACCGUGCACAGCCCUGUUAGCCAAGGAACUCCUCUGCACUGUUCGCCUAACGUUGAGAACAAGGGCUCCGUCUCACACAGCCCAGCUCACGCCAGCAACGUGGGCUCUCCUCUUUCCAGCCCGAUAAGUAGCAUGAAGUCCCCAAUUUCAAGCCCUCCUAGUCACUGCAGUGUGAAAUCUCCCGUCUCCAGUCCCAAUAAUAUCACUAUGCGAUCCUCCGUAUCCAGUCCCGCCAACGUCAACAACUCGAGGUGCUCUCUCUCCAGCCCUUCCAAUACAAAUAAUCGGUCCACUCUGUCUAGUCCAGCGGUGAGUACUGUGGGAUCUUCUAUCUGUAGUCCAGCUAACAAUGCCUUAAGCUUUCCGGCUUCUGGCACACCGGCUGGGUCUAGCACAACCCAGGAUGCCGUUCCUAGUCCAGAAACAAAUGAAAAAGGUGCUCAAGAAGUUACGUUUCCUAAAACCGAGGAGAUAGACAGUGCUGUCUCCAACAGCGGUGUGGCUGGUCAGCUUAACCUCGUUCAGUACAUCAAACCAGAACCGGAUGGAGCUUUCAGUAGCUCCUGCCUGGGGGGAAAUAGUAAAAUCAACUCCGAGUCCCCUUUCUCAGUACCAAUAAAACAAGAAUCCACUAAACAUUCAUGUUCGGGUACACCCUUUAAAGGAAACCAAACCAUCAAUCCAUUUCCGUUUAUGGAUGGUUCGUAUUUUUCCUUCAUGGAUGACAAAGACUAUUAUUCUCUGUCGGGAAUUUUGGGACCACCCGUUUCAUCAUUUGAUGGCAACUGUGAAGGCGGUGGAUUUCCAAAUCCAGGCCUCCCCAUGGGAAUUAAGCAAGAGCUUGAUGAUGGCAGUUAUUAUCAAGAGAACGGUAUGCCUUCGUCCGCCAUUGUUGGUGUGAAUUCAGGUGGACAGUCAUUUCACUACAGGAUUGGAGCUCAAGGCACAAUAUCUUUAUCGCGACCUGUUACUAGAGAUCAGUCCUUUCAGCACUUGAGCUCAUUUCCUCCAGUCAAUACAUUAGUUGAGUCAUGGAAAUCACACACAGACUUGUCAUCCCGAAGAAAUGAGGGGUAUCCAGUUCUAGAAUACAUUCCGGAAAACGUGUCAAGUUCUUCUUUGCGAAGUGUUUCUACUGGAUCCUCAAGACCUUCCAAAGUGUGUUUGGUGUGUGGGGAUGAGGCGUCAGGAUGUCAUUACGGGGUGGUUACCUGCGGCAGCUGCAAAGUUUUCUUCAAAAGAGCAGUGGAAGGUAAAUGUUCAUGGCAACACAAUUAUCUAUGUGCUGGAAGAAAUGAUUGUAUUAUUGAUAAGAUUCGAAGGAAGAAUUGUCCAGCCUGCAGAUUACAGAAAUGCCUACAAGCUGGAAUGAAUUUAGGAGCUCGCAAGUCGAAGAAGUUGGGGAAGUUGAAAGGAAUACAUGAAGAUCAUCAGCAGCAACAGCCUCCAGCACCCUCAGCACCCCCAGAGCCCAGAGGAAGGACUACGUACAUUGCUCCUAUAAAAGAGCCCUCUGUUAACUCAGCGCUUGUCCCUCAGUUACCGGCAAUCUCACCAGCAAUUACACCUUCACCCACUAUGGUGCUGGAAAGCAUUGAGCCUGAAGUCGUGUAUGCAGGAUAUGACAGUUCGAAACCCGAUACAGCAGAAAACCUGCUUUCCACUUUAAACCGCCUUGCUGGCAAGCAGAUGAUUCAAGUGGUAAAGUGGGCAAAGAUACUUCCAGGAUUUAAAAACUUGCCUCUUGAGGACCAAAUUACCCUAAUUCAGUAUUCUUGGAUGUGUCUGUCAUCAUUUGCCUUGAGCUGGAGAUCAUAUAAACAUACGAACAGCCAGUUCCUCUAUUUUGCUCCAGACCUGGUCUUUAAUGAAGAGAAGAUGCGUCAAUCUGCCAUGUAUGAGCUGUGCCAGGGGAUGCACCAAAUCAGCCUUCAGUUUGUUCGCCUCCAGCUUAGCUUCGAAGAAUACACGAUAAUGAAAGUUUUGCUGCUAUUAAGCACAGUUCCCAAGGAUGGCCUCAGAAGCCAAGCUGCAUUUGAUGAAAUGAGGACAAAUUACAUUAAAGAACUAAGGAAAAUGGUAACCAAAUGUCCAAAUAAUUCUGGGCAAAGCUGGCAGCGGUUUUACCAACUGACUAAACUUCUGGACUCCAUGCAUGAUCUUGUCAACGACCUGUUGGAGUUUUGCUUCUACACCUUCCGAGAGUCUCAGGCACUGAAAGUGGAGUUUCCGGCCAUGCUGGUGGAGAUCAUCAGCGAUCAGCUACCGAAGGUGGAGUCUGGAAAUGCCAAGCCCCUCUACUUUCACAGGAAGUGAGAGAAAAUGUCUUAAUGGAAGAACUUUGCCUUAAGUUUCCCUGUGUUAUUCCACACCCAUGAAGGACCCAAGAAUCCACAUUUUUAAAACAUGCGUUUCCCACUGGUUCAGCCGUUUUAAAAACCGUCAGUAAUCACGUCAAGGGGUUGGGGACUCAAAAAGCCGUGUGACCUGGUCUUGGAGAGGCCAGACUUGAGAUGGAAGAUUUUCCCCUCACUCCCAGCGCUUAGAAAACGUUCCCGUUCCUCCGGAUGAAAAGCCAUAUCUAGUCGAUAACUCUUUGAUUUUGAUAUUUUAACAGAUGGAAGUUUUCAAUAUGCCAUGUAGUUUCUGGUAUCGUUUGCUUGUUUCAAAAGGGUUCAAGGACUAAUGAACUUUUUAAAGCUUACCCUUGGUUUGCACAUAAAACGUACAGUCAAUAUGGGGCAUUACUGUUCUUUUCUUGUUUAUAAAAAGACCCAAAAAAAAAAAAACCCAAAAAAGGAAAAAAAAAAAACCCCAACAACAACAAACUAUUCAAACUCCUAAUGUGAAUAACAGAACAUUUGGUGUGGAAUAAUCUCGUCCCCUCCCUGGGGCAUUUGCUCUCUCAUGUUAUCCAUUGUCAUCGACAUUGUCCAGUGUCCAGUUCUUAUUUAAUUAAAAUGGAUAAGAUGCUAAGACAAAUGCCUCAGUUUCGAUUUAUAGUAUCUAUUGUGCUGGCUUUACAAAUAAUUUUUCGCAGUCUUUUGCUGUACAUUACUGUAUGUAUAAAUUGUGAAGGCCCUGAACUAAGAUGUAAGGAACUUUUGUAAAUGAGACACAUAUACACACACACACACACACAGAGACACAAACAUACACACACACACACGCACACAUACACACACACACAAAUCUUUAAUGGUUAAUAGGAUGAAUGGAAAAGUAUUUUUGAAAGAAUUCUAUUUUGCUGGAGACUAUUUAAGUACUAUCUUUGUCUAAACAAACAAGGUAAUUUUUUUUUGUAAAGUAAAAAUGUUCUGCAUGCAUAAUGAACCGUUUACAGUGUAUUUAAGAAGGGGAAAGCUGUGCCUUUUUUAGCAUCCUAUCUAAUUUACCAUUUUACAGGAGCUGUUGUAAAUAACCUCACCGUUGUGUUUCAGCCUUUCUACUUUUCUGUCCUUUUUUUUUUUUUUUGUCCGCUGCUUGCAAGUAUACGUGACUUGAGCACAUUUGAGGAUUUCUGCUUCCUACUUCUGUACGGAGCUCCCCUUUGUUGUGUUUGCAGCUCAGUGAGGGGUUCAUUUAACCAGACACAGGAAGCCAGGGGGCUGGUGCAGAAAUGGAGGCCGGGAGAAGACCUGCCUCUUCUCCCUUCGGCUCAAGAGGCAAAGCCGGGCUGAGGCAGAACUGGUUCCACCUCGGGUCCGGUUUUUUUCCUUUCCUCGGGAGGCGGCGAUGCCACCCUGGAAGGAGCCCAUCUGGGUUCCGCCCAGGGGCGGGAGGCUGUUAGGGAGCUUGCACUGGGGGAGGAUUUUGACAGGUAGGAGUUGGCAAGGGCAAGUGGAAGGGGGCCAACGCUGGCCGAGAGCUGCGGAGUUCGGGCUCCAUUUUCCAAUCACGAAUCGCUGACAAACCACUGGAGACUUGGAGAGAAAACUGCAGCUAAUGCGAGCGUCGUGAGAGCAGGGGUCACGUUAACUACUUCUCUUGUACUCUCCCAAGCGCUUAGCGCAAGGCUGCACACCCAGCAGACCUUCAACCACUACUGAUUGACCGGUUGGCCCGAGUUAAAUUCAACUCCAUUGAUUUUUGGUUUGAGCUCAGAUGUAUUUUCAACCCUCUGCAGGCCCAAAACAAAACAGUGCAUCUCUUUGCAAAGAAGCCAGUUUGAAACGAGAUUAACAUUAAAAUGGUUUUAGAAGAAUUAGAGCUAAACGGGGCCGGGGGACCUUACGAUCACCGUAAAAGACGCGGUUAAUCAGUGUCGUGACUUGAAACAGCAGUGUGGUCCAAGAGCAGAUUCUGAAUCCAGCCGGGUUGCCCAGUGGCCAGCGAGAAUGGAACGUGGUGACCAGGCUGCAGCCGCCUCCCCAGGGCCUCUUCAUCACCGGCCCCAGGUUGGCGGUGAGAUGGCACGAGGUCUACGUUACACUAUCCUGUCUCUACCCACCCUCCUCGGUGGGAAAAUGCCGAGAGCUGGACUCAGAGAGUUCUCUCAUGAUUUGCAACUUCAGGACUUUAAUUUAUAGACAAAUACAGUCAACUGACACGCACAGCAAUAUGAAAGCCACACUUCAGAGGUGAUAAAUACACAGCAUGCAGGCUGGGGGUUUCUGGAAAAGAAAUGUUCAUAAAUGCAUCUUUUAGUUGAGACUUAAUAAUUAAGGAUUGAAAUUUCAACUUAACCAGGAUGGGAUGAAUACAGUCUGCAUCAGCUUUUUGUAUUAACAAAGUUACUGGCUCUUUUUAUGUCUCCAGGUAACUUUGCUUGAUUAAAUAGCAAAGCCAUAUUCUAAACUUCACUGUUGAAUGCUUGUUCUGGUCCAAAUUGUCGUCUGUUUGCUCUUAUUUUUGUACCAUAUUGCUCUGGAAAUCUUGGUUUGGUACAAUUCAUAUUUCACCGAAACUUCUUCAUAGAAUUAAAAACCACACUAAAAUAGUUUAAAAAAAAGCAAUUUAUAUCUUUAUGCAAAAACGUAUGUCUGUCUUUGCAAAUGACUGUAAGCAGAUUACAAUAAAUCCUUUACUUUAAUCA